AUGACGCCGCCUGUUCGAUCUUCUGUCGCCGCUCGGAGCCGUACGCAACCUGCUCAUCGAGUCAAAGAGCAGGUUGCAUACGGCGAAGUUCGACGCCAAUAUGCGACGCCACCUGACCGAGCUUCUGUCGCCACUCGGAGCCGUACGCAACCUGCUCUUCGACGCCAAUAUGCUGACCUUCGAAUGAGCGGCGAGGACUCAACAGUCUCCGUAGGCGACUUCCGCAUCACACUACCAGUAACGGCCCCCGCGCAGAUUGCCAGACGAAAAGAAAUUAUGAAGAUGGAGGAGAUUCCCACGUUUGCUGGUUUGGGCAUCCACUCGGAGCGCCACAUCGCAGCAUUGCGCUCGGCUCCGAAGCACUUUACCAAGGAGCGUAUCCAGAGGGCGACUCUGCCCUCAGGGCUUACUUUAGAGUACGCUAUCGUAAGCAGCGAUAGUGAAGCGGGGACGGAAGAUUUCCCGGAGGAACGCGUGGUGCUGAUCACCGGGUACACGAUGACGAAGGAGGGUUGGGCACCCUCCAUCGAUAUCUUGUUGGACAAGUGGAAUACAAAGGCUCAUGGCAGGAAGCUCAAAAUUCUCAGUUUCGACAAUCGCGGAGCAGGGGGGAGCGAUGCGCCGUUCGCCCGCUAUACGACGAGUGCAAUGGCACAGGAUACAGUGAGCUUGCUGGACUAUGUUGGCUGGGACUCGGCGCACGUCGUUGGCGGCAGCAUGGGUGGCAUGAUUGCUACCGAGCUGGCAGCUACAGUACCAGAGCGUGUGCGCUCGCUGUCACUCUUGGUCACGACACGUGGGGCGUAUCUGCCGCACCCGAGGAUGUGGAAACCUUUCUUGGGGGCCGUGUUGGGCUCGAUGCAAUGUGCCAUGGAGCUGCUCUACCCGAGUGUCAUUCUGGAUAACCCUAUUGGUGGCCGUGACGGGCUGACAGUGCAAGAUGUACUGAAGGCGUAUCACUCAACGCCACAAUGCGAAAAUGCUUUUCCCCCUUUGCACGCGCUGGUCGCUCAAGGCGUGGCGUGCUUGACGCACUGGGUAUCGGACGAGCGAUUGGAACUUGUGGCCAAGGCCGGCUUCCCGAUCCUCAUCAUCACAGGGAAGCAAGAUAUUAUGAUCCCGCCUGAAAACUCUGUGACUCUGGUUGAACGUUUGAAGGGAGACCACGUUCACACUUUGUUCUUUGAGACAGGAGGACACGGGGCGUUCUUUCAGUUUGUCGAGGAGAUCGCGGUUGGUCUCGUACAAACUAUUCAGCGUGGGAGCUGUAAAAAGUGA